CAGCAGGGGGAUCAAAUACUUUUUUCCCCUCAUUGUACCUCAGGACAGGGAUGGUCCAGUACGUCCUCCAGAUGCGAGACAGGCUGGAGCGGUACCGAGAGGAAGCUAGGGCAAACCUUCAGCAAGCCCAGAAGGCCCAGAAGAAAGGGUAUGACCAGCACGCUCGCCACAGAGUUUGAGCCAGGAAAGAAAGUCCUGCUCCUCCUUCCCUUGUCUACCAGCAAGCUUCUUGCGCAGUGGCAAGGGCCAUACCUAAUCGGGAGGAAGAUGGUCCCGGUGUCCUACGAGGUGCUGCACCCGGACAAGGGUAAGGAGAAGCAAAUCUACCAUGUGAACCUCCUCAAGGCCUGGGAGGAGAAAGAGGAACUCUCCAAGGGAAAGUCCUUUGUGGUCCGCAGAGUAGAAGAAGAGGACGAGUCGGAUGGGAUCACAGAGGCAUGGAAAGGACGAGCAGAGGUCAUACUGGCUCACCUACAAGAAAACAAGCAAGAUGAGCUGAAGCAGCUGUUUGGCAAGUAUCCAGCCCUCUUCAGUCAGAGGCCAGGAAGAACCAAAGUCCUGGAACACAUCAUCCGUUUGAAGCCUGGCCAGAACCCUGUCCCCCAGCAUCCUUACCAUGUGCCUGAGAGGCUGGUGGUAGCCCUCAAGGAAGAGGUCCACACCAUGAUAGAAAUGGAUGUUGUCGAGCCAUCUUCAAGUGAAUGGAGCAGCCCUAUUGUCAUUGUCCCAAAGAAGGAUGGCUCUUUGCGCGCAAAAGAUGAUGGACUAUUUAGGUCUGAAAGGUGGCUGUGAUGUUAGAGAGUAUGUGGAGGAUCAUGGCACACACCAUCUUCCAUGAUCUGGCAAAGACCAUGAACUUGAGGGGCAUCAAUGGAAAGGCGGCCUUCCACCACCUCCAAUUUAGCGAUAUAGUGAAUUGUACGUUUUGUUUUCUGCAAUUUAGAAGCCGGUGUCUUUCAUGAAUACAAUAGAGAUAGAAAGGGACCUUUUAAAUAAAACUCUGUUUUUCUUCCAUGUUAAGGUGCGGUGAGAAGAAACUGGCUCACACAAAUGCAACAGACCAAGAAGUCUUAACUCAAAUAAAUAUAGUGUGUCAUGAUUUAGUUUACUGUAGGAAUAGGCCUGUGCUCAAACUGGAGUCAAUAGCACAGUUCAGUAUACAGGCGUGAGCUGUGUGGAUAUCAUUACAACUGCUUGAGGUCUAUAAUUUCCAUCCGGUUGAGGGUUUCCCAAAACAAAUGUGUUUCCAGCAAUUCUGAGCGAUGGGGAGGACAAAAUAAAUAAACAGUGCUACUUACAGAUAGAGAAUAUUUCAGGUCAGUGUAAACUAGCUAGAUUAUAGAGCCUAGAUUCAAACAGACCAAGCGGUCUGUUUGGCGGUUUCGGAGGUGUAACUGUGUUGGAGCUGUCAAAUCGGUGAGCAGCUGCUCUUGAUCAUUGCUGCGAAGUCACAGCAUCCCACUUGCAUUAGAAGUUGAGAACGUAUAGAAUAAUGACACUCAAAUUAAAAAGCAUUAAACAAAGUAAUGAGGAUUUCUAUCAGCCUAAUCGAGGUGUAGAUUACAUCUCACAUUCCAGUGUUCCAGCUUGUAAACAAGGCUGCCUGGGAUUUCUCUUAAUGUGACUCCGUGCAGCCAAUUUGACAGCAUAAUGCAGUUCAACCUCCUCCACUGCCAAAACAACCACUAUGCAGAUGUCGACUAAAGCGGAUCUGACUGAAUUGAGCCCUUGUUCAAGCAAAACCACUCUCCCUUUUCUCUCUCAAACACACCAUUUCUGACAAUGUGAGCAAUAACUUUUUUUGCAGUCAGGGGAAGGGAAGGAUUUUGCAAUGUGUUCUUCUAUCCUGGUGGGCACCUAAAAUUGAUUUCCAUUCAAAAUCGUAUUUUCCCUAACCUUUACCCAAAUUCUACACCUAACCACUUACCCUAACCCUCAUUGUUACCCUAAACCUAACCCCCAAGCUUAAAAUAGCCUUUGUCCUCAUGGGGACAUGGGAAAUGUCCCCAUGGAGGAGAAUUUCUUGUUUUACUAUCCUUGUGGGGACUUUCGGGGAUUUUAGGUCCCAACAAAGAUAGAACAUAACGUGUUUGUCUUGUGUAUUGAGCACUUCAAUUGUUUUCUUCAGUGAUGUCUUCCGCUUUCUGAAUUAUUUAAAAAAAUUGUUAUUAUAGUCCUUUUUUUUAAUUC